AUGCGCGACUAAAACCUCCAGUGUGUCGAGGGCUGGGGGUGCGUGCGCAUGAUUGAGAAAUGUCUGACAUCCUUCAAAUAAACUGGAGAUAUGAUAGGAAUCAAAACCAGGAGCAAGACACAAAAAAUGCAGACGAAAAGUAUAAAUUACGUACGAGUAAGAAAAAAACAGAAAUGGCUGGGAAAUGCGCAAGAAAACGCGGCCCAAAGCCUAAAACACACUCAGCCAAAAUGUCCAAGUAUCGGCGGAAAACGGCGAAUGCUCGAGAGCGAAUGCGCAUGGGCGAAAUAAAUACGGCAUUUGACAAACUUAAAGAAAAAAUUCCAUUGCCAAAAAUUGGAAAAGUAAAAUGUGAAAAACUAACAAAAAUCAAUAUUUUGCACAUAGCAAUUAAUUAUAUUCGGGCAUUAGAAGAUAUUCUAGAAACUGGUGAGCUUGCUGCAUCUAUCUAUCCGGAGAAACUUAUUUUAAACCCGUUCCUCGGCUCCGGUCCAACCAUGGAGACCGAGAUGAAUGAUCUUGGUCCCCGAGGAUACUCUCCAGACUCUGGGAUUCAAGAGGAUUCUGGUACCAAGGACGAUCAUGAGGAAGAUAUUGAAGAUGAAGAUGAUGAAAAUGAUUGUCCAGAUUGGACCGAAUUGAAUUCAACUCUUGAUCUAAGAUCUGUUCCUCCGCCGAACUCGCCGCCGUUUGAUAUGGCGCCAGCUUUAACUUCGAAAGCUGCUCCGCCGAUCACCGCAGAUACUCUGCUGAUCAAUACAACUCAGCCAACAAGUAAAAGAGACUUAAUGUCAACUUCAAAAAGAUCACUUAAUACAAUUAGCUCUAGCGCCGUCCUAGUUCCUCUUUUAACAUUACAAUCUUCCAAACAUCAGUCUGUUCUCUCUCAAUCAAUGUUGUCUUCCAACCAAACUCUGGUCCAAAACCCUAUUCGAUGGAUAACGAAUGAAAACCCGUCCGAAUCUGGUUUGAAGCAGAAGAGUAAACCUGUAACCUUGAGCUCCAGAGAAUACGAUGAGGAGCCAAGGAAACUAACCGGUCAACUUGUAUUCAAGGAAACUAGAAACAAGUGUCUAGUUUUCAAUGAAGCUCUGGAGGAGGAACCCUUCUCCGAUUUCCUUGCAGAUUUCGACUCCUUCGAACCAAUCCCAGAUCUUGAUUUUUCUUACGAGGAUCCAUUCAGAAUAAUAUGAUUAUAUGUUUAUGAAAUAUAAGAUAUUUAGAUUAA